AUGGCCGAAGAACUUACCACACCUCAGGUAGUUAAUGAUUUAACGGACUUUCAUGAUUGGAAGGAAACUGUAAAAGAUGUUUUUUCGGGAACUGCAGGAGGUGUAGCGCAGGUCUUGGUUGGUCAACCGUUUGACAUAACUAAAGUGCGUCUUCAAACUUCAGACGGAAGAAGGACUGCUAUCAAUAUCAUAAAGGAUCUCAUAAGGAACGAAGGCAUCUUGGCUUUUUAUAAGGGCACAAUGGCCCCGCUUGUUGGCGUUGGAGCAUGUGUUUCCUGUCAAUUUGGUAUCAAUGAGGCCAUGAAAAGGUACUUUCGACAGAAAAACGGGAAUGGUGAAGGACAUCUGUCAUUACUCCAAUACUAUGCCUGCGGUUUCACCAGUGGGUCCGCGAACGCUCUUUUGGCAACUCCUAUUGAGCAUGUCAGAAUCAGGCUACAGUUGCAGACAAAGCUUUUGAAGGAUGCUGAGUACAGGGGCUCCUUAGAUUGUUUUAGAAAACUUUUACGGCAAGGAUCUUUGAUGACGGGUUUCUUCCCAACACUGAUGAGGACAUCACACGGCUUUGGUGUCUAUUUUCUCACGUACGAAGGUCUUGUGGCCCAUCAACUGAGCUACGGUAUUGAAAGGAAGGAUAUACCUCCUUGGAAGGUUUGUGUUUUUGGUGCUGCAGCAGGAGCCUUAUUCUGGGCUAUGACCUAUCCUUUUGAUGUUAUCAAAUCCGUAAUGCAGAGUGACAAACUUAAUUCCCCCGCCUACGGAUCCAAUGCCUGGCAGGUUGCAAAACACAUUUACCGUGAGAGAGGUUCUAAGGCGUUUGUGCAGGGAUUCACGCCUACCAUGUUACGAUCUCUCCCUGUGAAUGGGGCUACUUUCGCUACUUUCGAAAUGACCAUGCGACUGCUCAAAUAA